AUGGAUGAAGAUGAACGUCGGAGGAAGGUAGAAGCUGGGAGAGCUAAGAAAUCUUCCACCAUGCCUCGGAGUCAGAAUCUUGCUAGUUUCAGACAGAAGCGGGCGAAAAGCGACGGGGCGGGGGCGGCGAAAAAGACGCAGAAGAGGAAGGGCCAGGUUGACUCGCAGAAUGACCGCUCGACGGAAGAUCACCACGUAGAACCAGCUCUUCCAUCAGCCAGUGCCACAGAGCAUAACAGCACCAACCAUGAGGAGCCUCAAAUGUCAGGGAAACCAGAGGUUUGGCAAAACGAAGCGAAGGAUCAGCCGCUCACCCCCAGGCAUAGCCCGUCCCCUGUGGAUGACUUGAGAGAAGAGGAGUUAGCUGCACUUACUGGCAAAGAGCAGCUCAAGCUGCUACAGCAGGCUGUGGAGAAGCGUAAUGAAAUAAUUGCCAAACUCAGCUCCAACCUGCAGGAGGCACUGGCCAGCAGAGACCAGGUACAGGUGGAGGCACAGUCUCUUGCUGGACAGCUUCAGGCACUGCAGAGGCAGCUCCAGCAGACCAGUGUGGAGUUUCUACGUAUCAAAAAUCUGUCAGGAACAGAAGCCCUUAAUAUUCAGCAGCCUUACCAUGGACCGUCCUCCCAAGAGCCAAACAUCAGUCAUAAGGAAGCGCCAUCAGAGGGCUCAGGAAGUUCUGGCUCGCAGUCUGAUGCUGAAGGCGAAACUGAUGUGGAAACUGUUCUGUGCAAGCUGAGAGCUGAGCUGGAGGAAGAAAGAAGAAACAGCCAGCGAAUAUGUAGCGAACUAGCAGAGGAGAUGGAGAAAAACAAGCACGUGCUUUCUUUGCUGGAGAAUGAGAAGCAAGAAAGAGAAGAAGAGCGAAAAGAAAGGGAAGCAGAAUUGCAAAACCUUCAUUUCCAGUUAAGCCAGCUUCAAAGUCAGUGCCUUGAGAUGCAACAAUACAAAGAGGAGAAAGAGGUCCUUAACGUAGAACUGCAGGAGCUCAGGAGAAGGCUUCAGGAGGAGGAAGAUGCAGGGAAGAGUUAUAGUGAGAAGCUUGCUAGCUCUGCCCUUUGUUUUCAGAGUCUUGAGGAGGAGAUGAAAAGGCUCAAAGAGGAGCACACAGUGGAGGUCGAGCAAGUCAGGCAGCUUUUGGAAGAGAGGGAGAAAGAACUAAAAUUUAAAGAGGAGGAAGUGAUGGGACUCAAAGCGUCUAAGAAUUGGCAGAACCAGGUAAAAGCUGGCGUUAGCUCUGAUGAGACUGUCAGUAUCGAUGAGGCUAAUCUGGAAAGUGGAGCUGACCAGGGCAGUGUGAAUGAAUCAAUGUCUGGAGAUAUUCUGAUGGAGCGCUACUUGUCUUCAGCUCCGCUUGCACACUUGCAGUCUUCAGCGAUAACUGAGAACCUUGACCAGUGCAGUCAGCUGGACAUAUCUGCAGACCGCAGUUUUGAGCUAAAUAGUGAUGUGUUUGGAGAAGAGCUAUUAUCAAUUUCCAAACGUCUGAUUGAAGAACACGACGACCGCCAAAACACCUCUAGUCCACAGGACUCUCCGGCUGAUGAGUCCAACCCUCAGUGGCUUCACAACUCCGCUUCGGGCUGGAUGGAAAGGAGUAACGUGUCUGAGCAGCAGUCUGAGGACACUAACUUGGAAAAAGAACUGCUGAGUCAGCAGUGUGAGGAGCUCCGUGAGGAGCUGGCCCUUAAGGAGAGGGAUCUAAAUGUGCUAAAGGAGGAAGUAAUCAAGAGUGCAGAAGAGCUUGAGGAGGCAAGGAGCAGGUGGGCUCAAGUCACAGAAGAGCUUAGGGAAGCUCUCCAGGAGCUCGAAGACGAAAAGGAAAUGAGGAGACAAUUUGAGGAGGAGCUGAACUUGAAAGUCUAUGAACAAGACAGCCUUAGGAGCAAACUCUGUGCCUUAUCAGAAGAAAGAGAGCAGGAGAAUGUAGUAAUGUUGACGGUAAAGGAAACUGAAAUCUCUGCUGAAACUUCCCUCCUUAUAUCUAGUACCUUUCCAUCAGAUGAGGAUGAAAAACUGGUAGGGGAACUAAAGGAGGAGGAAACUGCACUCCAGUCUCAUCAGAAACAGCAGGAGCUGCUCGUAUCAUCUCUGCAGGAGAUAAAGCAGACUGCAGAUUUGGAGAGCACAGAAUUCAGAGAUGACAACCAGCUGCAAACAUUACAGGCCAACUAUGAGCAUCUCAUGUCACAACUCGAGGAGACGACAACUGAGCACAAAACUGCAUCGACGCUGUUGAGUCAAAGGACUUCAGAGCUCGAUACAGUUUUAAAGGAGCUUGAAACGACACGUGUGCAGAUUUUAAGUGUCCAAACGGAGGUGGAGAGGCUGGAGAAGGAGCUGCAGCAGAGCCUCGAUAGUCUGCACUGUGCUGAAAAAGAGAAGCAUGAGCUAGAGUCUCAGAUCUCCUGUCUGAGAGAGAAACUGACUUGUUCGGAGGAGGAUCGGGCUCAGGCUGUGAAGGAGAGGGAUGAGCACAGCAGAAGAGAAGAAGAGAUGGAUGAACAGAUCAAAAAAAUGGAACAAGUGCUAGAGGAGGAACUCGAACAGUUUGAGAAGCUGCUAAAAGCCAAGGAUGUCGAGUUGGCUGAAGUGAAGGAAAAAUGGGAGGAGGAGAGGCUGGAGAAGGACAAAGAGAUUUUUGAUGUAAGACAUCUGUUGGAGGAGCAAAUGAAGGAGAAAGUAGACGAGGUGAAGGCUCUCCUGGAGAAGCAGGCACAGGCUGUGGAGGAGGCUACAGAAAAGCUGAAGGUAUCUCAUCAGCAGGAGAUAAAAGAUCUGAUGGAGAAACAUCAGCAGGAGAUUUCUGACUUGAAUACUCGCCUGGAGACAGAGCUGCUGAAGCAGCGGGCCAGUAUGGAGGAAGAACAGAAACAACAGAUCAGUCUAAUCAAACAGGUAACUGAACGUGAGCACGAGCGGAUGAUCUCAGAGCUCAGUGCCAAACACAAUGAGGUUGUCAGUCAGCUGAAGACAGAGGUUUCUUUGGAGCUGAGAGAGAGCAUGGAGGCUGCUCACCAGGCUGAACUGCAGCAGGUUCAGGCUCAAAAGGCCAUUGAGCUUGAAGCCUUGCGUCUGAGCCUGACCACAGUUCACAAGUCUCAUCUUGAGCGCUCUCAAGAAAACGUGGAACAGGAGCAGACGUCUGCCCUCAUCAAGGUCCAGGCCUCUAUGCAGGAGAAAUUUGACCAAGAAAUUGCACUCCUGCAGGCUCGCCAUCAGUCAGAGGUGGACCAGAUCAAGAGGAAGAACCAGGAGCAGCAGGAGAGGCUGCUUGAGCUGCACCAACAAGACAUGGAAGAGUUGAAGGAGCAGUUGGAGACUCGUGUUGCUCAGGAAAGGGCUUCAAUGGAUGAAAAGCAGGCCAAAAAAAUACAGGAUCUAAGAGCACAGUGGGAGAAAGAUGCUGAAGCCAUGGAGGCAAAUUUUAAGAACAGCCUCAGUGCCACCCAGACUGAACUCACCAGCACCCAGGCCUCCCUCGCUGAAGCACAGGAAGCUGUGUCCCAGAAACAGUCAGAGGUACAGGAGACACAAGCCAGGAUGGAGGAGCUCCAAACCUCCAGUAAAGAACAGACACAGAAACUAGAGGAGCUGAAACGAGCCUUGGCUGAGAGAGAUGCUGCUGUCUGUUCCCUGGAGGAGGAAAUUUCUUCUAAUAAGACACUGCUGCAGGAGAAAGGGCAGCAAGUCUUCCACCUACAGGAGAAGGAGCAGCAACUGCAGCAAGAGGUUUCACAGCUACAGGAGGAGAAGAACUUGCUCAAACAGAGCUCGGAUCAGGAAAUCAGUCAGCUGUGGACUCAGCUGGAGAGCAUGAGGACUAGUCGUCAGGAGUUGGGUGAGCUUAAGGAGCAGCUGCUUGCACGCUCAUCUCGGGUUGAUGACAUCGAACGCCUAAAGAUGGAGUUUAAUGAACAGAAACGAGAAAUUAAAGAGCAAAAUGAGGCUGAGCUAGAAAACCUGAGGAGGUAUUUUGAGAAGCGGUUGCAUGCAACAGAGGAGAGUCACAAAGAGGAAAUUGCUCUGCUACAGCUGAAGCUGGUAGAAGGUGCCUUGGAGGACUCUCUGCUUAAAAUGACUGAUCAUGGUGCUCUGUCUGAGUGUCAAGCUCAAGGGGAUAUAGAUGUUUUGUCUGAUACUGUUCAGCUGGAGAAACGGCGGGAAAUCCUUGACAGUUUGACACUUCAGCUUGAGGCGAAACACACAAUGGACCUUUCUAAUCUGCGAUCCUCUUUGACUCUUUCCUUUGAGGAAGAGGUGCAGAAGGUGCGCGCAGACCUCACUGAUCAUUAUUAUGAAGAGCUGCAGGAGAAGAAAACUCGUCAUGCUCUGGACCUUGAGCAACUCGGAGCCAAACUUUCUGACAGACAUCUGCAAGAGCUCACCAGAGUCCAUUUGGAAGCAGCAAUGCAAGUUGAGGCUGAAGUGGAACACAGGAUAUGGUCUCACACUGAGGAGCUGCAAACAGCAACGACCAUCAUCUACACUCUGGAGAACAGAGUGGCUGCUCUCACCGAGCAGCAUGAGAACAUGCAGAAGAUGAAACAAGAGUUUGCUGAGCAGCUUGCCCGUCUUGAGGAAGCUCUUGAACUAGAGAGGAGUCAAGCACAGGAGAAUAUGAACAAGCUGAAAGAAGAGCUGCAGGAGAAGUAUGAAUCUGAGAUCUCUGUCCUGAGGUCACACCAUGAUGAGAUGGCAACGGAGCAGGCACGGCUUGAAAAAGCACUUCACGAGGAGAAGGAGAAAUUGAAGUCUCUUCAGGAUGCACUGGAAAAUGAUGAGAGCCAACAGGUUCUGUUGUUGAAACAGAAAGUGGAGGCCAAUGAUGCAGAGCUGCAAAAGACCAAGGACUGCAUGUCUGUAGAAUUCAAAGAGCUGCUUCAUGAGCAGGUUGAGAUGCAGCUGUGCCAGGCCAGAGAGAGGUUCCAAGAGGAAAAGGCAGCGGUAGAGCAGCGUUUAAUCGAGAAAUAUGAAGAGUCUGUGGCAGAGCUGAAGGACAAAUAUGAAGCUGAGCUGGAACAUGAGAGGGCAACGCUACUGAACAGACACUCCAAAGAAAUGGAUGCACUCAAUGCCAAACACAAAGCAGAGCUAGAUUCACUCUGUGCCUCUCACAAAGAUCAGCUUUCAGCUAAAACAGCCGAGCUUGAAUGUAAGCAUAAUGCAGAGCUUGUUGCCUUGGAAGCAUCCCUCAGUUCCAAACUAAAGGAAGACCUUGAACGUCUUGAAGAGACUAAUCGUGCUAAGUUAGAGGCUUUGGAAGCUGAAUUGACUCUUAAACACCAGGAGGAGAAAGAUGAACUAGAAAAGAGGAUGCUGAGUAACAUGGAUACGUUGGAGGCCACCUACCUGAAAGAAGUGCAAACACUACGUGAUGAAAUGGCUCAGCUUGAGGAGAAACAUCGCGAAGAUCUGAUUUUCCUGAAUUCAGAACAUAAGCAGUUAAUAGAGCGUCAUACUGCAGAGCAGCUGUCCAUCAGGGAAGAACUGAGGAAAGAACUGGCUCAUGUGCACAUGGAGAAGUUUAAAGCCAUGGCAGCCGAGCUCAGCCAUGUUCACAAAUCUGAACUGGCUGCUCAAAAAGAAGCCUUGGAUACUGAACACUGCAAAGCCCUGGAAGCACUCAAGAACCAGGUUUUAGAGCUUGAGCAGCAACACAGCACUGCUCUGCAGGAGCUCUCGCAAACCUACACGGCUGAAAAAGAGCAACUAACCAAACAGCACCAAGUCCAGCUGCAGGAGCUGAAGGGAGUCUCGGCACGGGAACUAGAGGCAUGUCGCAGGGAGCUUGAAGAGGAGUCGUCAAGGCAAAGACAGCACUUCCUAGAAGAGGUGGAGCUCCUCAAAGUCCAAUCAGAAGAGCGGCUGCAGGACAGGAUUAAUCAACUGAAGACUGAAUUUGAAGAGCAGAAGGAGGCGGAGCUUGAAAACCUGAGGCGGAGCUUCACGUCUGAACAAGAGGAAAAAGAGCGGAGCUACACGGAGAAAAUGAGUCAACUCACUGCCCAGCUGCAGCAACUAGAUGCUGUGGUGGCCCAGCUGCGGGCAGAGGUCGGGUGCCUGCAGGGAGAGCUGGAAGGAAAACGUGCAGAAAUGGAGACCAUGGACACGCUCCUUCAACGAAGGGAGCGAGAGACACAGGAGGGAGGGAACCUUCUUAAGAUGCUCACUGAUGACUUACAGACAGCUAAAGAGGAAAGAUGCAAAUUACACCGUACAAAUGAGAAGCUGAGGCAGGUGCUGAUCGAGAUGCUCCGCGGCAUCGUGGCAACAGAAGAACUGAUUGGACAAAAGAUCAGUGCCCGAGCCAAAACGUCCGAGCAGGCGACUCACCAAAGGAGCUCAAGCGUGAACAAAGAGGCACAAGAAUCAGGUAUUUCAGUUGCAGACUUGUCUUCAGAGGAAUUGGAGCUCACUCAUCUGCUCUGUGAGAGUCUCCUGGUUUCAGAUGGUGAGAUCAGUCCUGGUGGAGAAGAAGCAGCUCUAAGUGCUUGCAGCAGACUUCGACAUACAGUGGACACACUGCUAGAGCUGCUCAACCAAGCCAAUACACAGCUGGAGCAAACUCACAGUGUUCAUCUUUCUCUGGAGGAAAAGUUUUCUCAAGGCAGAGAAGACUCUGCACAACUCCUUGAACAGCACAAGCGUCUAAUGGAGCAGCUUGAUCAGGAGGCCAAGCUUAAAAGUCAGCUCCAGGUGGAGCUUCACAAAGCAGAAGGUCUUCUUGAAGGCUACAUGGCUGAAAAAGCAGCCCUAGAGGAGUCGCUACAGCAGAAGGAGACUCAAGAGGAGAGGCUUGUGGAGGAGCUAGAGGACCUGAAGGUGAAGCUACACCAGAUGGAGGGCCUUACCGCAGAGCUGGACACUCUCAGAGUGAAGCAUCAUGAGCUGACUGAGGAGCAUGCCAUCCUCCUGCGACACAAGGAGCAUCUCUCUGCUGGACUUGGGGAGAGAGAGAAAGGCCAUUGGCUCAAUUUAGAUCCUGACGCAGCUUUGUUGGCAGAGACUGAUCGUUUGUCCCAAGAUAGGCUGGACUUGCAGCGGCAGGCAGAGAAGGACCACCGCUCUCUGUCCCUUCGUCUCCGGACUCUGGAGAGGGAGCUCGAGGAGCAGGAAACCAGAGGCCUGGAGACGGAGCUGCACCACAAGACCCACACUGAAGACCUCAACCAGCGUGUCCAAGCACUGGAGAAGCAGCUUAAACAUGACAGGCAGUUUAUCGAGGAGCAGGCUGUGGAACGUGAACACGAGCGGGAUGAGUUCCAGCAGGAGAUCCGCAGGCUUGAGGCCCAGCUCAGACAGACUCCUAGUGUGGAUAAUAAAGGAUACCAGUUUGAGGACUUGGUUCUGCAGGUUGAGAGCUUGCAAGGUGUUAUCAAAGAUAAGACCGAGGACUAUUCUUCUUUGCUUGCAACCUGUCAGCAAGCCCAGCGCGAUCUUGCAGAACGCAAUGAGGAGAUAGACAAGCUGGCCGGUCGAAUCAGAGAGUUGGAGCAAGCGCUGCUCAACAGUGUAGAGAGUAACAGAUGCGUCGGUCAACUGGAACAAGAACUUCAAAAAGCGAAGCUGAGAGAGCAGGAGCUUACACAAGAUAAACAGGCACUAGAGCAGCAGCAGCUGUCCAGCAGGCUUCAGAUCUCAGCCCUGCAGUCCAAACUGGAUGAGACGAGACACUGUUACCAUGACAACAUGCGUGACCCCACCCAGGAGCUUAAGGAUGCCCUAGACACUGCUCAACAGAGUCUACAGAGCAAAGAGCAGGAGGUUGAGGUUCUGCUUGGCCAGCUGGAGACCGUGCAGAGAGACUUGAAUAUAAAGGAAGCUGAAGUAAAACACCUCACACUACAGCUGGAGCUGCUGACUAAUUCCAAUGCAGCACAUGUUAAUGAGCUCCAAGAGCAAAUUACUGCCCUGAAGGAAAAUGUGUCUGACCUGACGAUACUUAAGGAGGAAAAUGAGCAACUUUGCAAGGAGGAUGAAAUGGAUGAAGAGACACUCCCUUCAGCACUUCUUCAGGAGAAAAACCACGAGAUCGACCACCUCAACAGUGAAAUCCAAAGACUGGAACAGGAACUUGAGAAUACCAGCGAUAACAAGGUUCUGGAAGCUGAGCUUGAAGAUCUGCGCUCACAGGUGGAACAUCUUAAAUCUGAAAUCACAAGAGUGCGCCAAGACAAACAGGAAGAAGAGGAGCGCCUUCACGAGGUAAUCAGUACGCUGCAGGCAGAACUCGCCACCCUGGGACCGAACCUGCAUGAAGUCAGUGACUCUCAGGACGGUGACAGCAUCAAUCCUUCACCCGCCCCCAGCCCCGAACCUCAAAACUAUACCAUCCAAGAACAAGAGAAGAAAGCGGGGCCAAACAGCUUAAAGCAUGAACUCAGCCUGAUUCAUUCUACCACCUCCCGAUCGCUUCGUUCUCGUAUCAAGGCCCUUCAGAGUCAACUCGAGACUGCAGUGGCAGAGAAAGAGGGACUGGAACGAUUACUGCUCACCCAGGAGGAAGAGUACAGAGGGCACGGGGAAGAAUUUGGAAAGAGGCUAAAUGCUGAGAGAGAAAAGUCAGAUGAAAUCCAAAGUCUCCUCUCCCUGAAGGAAAGUGAGCUGGAGGAGGUCACAGCCCAGCUAGAAGAGGAGAGGGAGAAGAGGAAGCUAUCAGAGGAGGAGAGGAACAGCUGGAAAGUUCCAGCAGAAGAGGCGGAGGAAAAAACCUGCCUCAGCUCUCAGGUUUUGGAACUCCAGACUAAUGAAGAGGAGAGGGUGCGAGAGACCGAAACUCUAAAAACAAAGGAGAUGGAGAUGAUAAUGGAAAUGGACAUCCUCAGAGAAAGCAGUCUCACUCUUGAGAGACAAGUCCAGGAGCUAAGAGCAGAGGUGGUCGAUAUGGAGGAACAGGUGGCUCAGGAAAGGGCAAGAAUUAAAACCCUGGAGACUGUGAAGGGAGAGCUUUCUGCUGAACGUGAGGCACUGAGGAGGAGAGAGGGCCAGCUCCAAGAGGAAAUUGAAAAGCUACAACAGGAAGUGACUUCACUGAGAGCCCUCAUCCAGGACCUGACAGUUAAGCUAAAUGAAAACGAAACCAGUCAAGAAGAGGCUCAAAAGGAAGUGCUGACCCAUGCUGAGGAGACCUUGGCUAAAGCAGACACUGCCUUGAGACAAAAGGAGGUUGAGCUGUCCAAGCUCAAGGAAGAACAUCAGGCUCUGAGGACAGAGCUGACUGCACUGAGACAGGGUCUGAGUACCAGUACAGAAAGGGCUGAAAAACUGCAUGAGGAAGUUCAGACCAAAGAUCGUGCUCUCAUUGACCUUGAAGCGGACAACCAACAACUGAAGGCAGAACUUCAAAGCGUUCAGGAGGACUUGGCUGCACAGGAGGAGGAAUUGGCCUAUCAGCAGAGAGAGCUGCAGCAACUCCGACAGCAGAGCCAACAGGACACACUUCAGGGAUACCCACAUAAGGAUAUUUCUGUCAGAGCUUUCGAGGACAUUGUGUCUCACCACGAAGACUCUCUGAGCUCUCCGGAGGUUUUAAGAAGACUCGAGUGCUCUGAGGACCGAAUCCCUGAACGUUUCCACACCUCUGAGCUCAGUGGCUUGAAUAACACAGGCCUGGACCUCCCCCAGGUCAAACCCUCUCCCAGGGUUGUAAUGGAGCCUCCUUCACACUCCAGGACCAUCACCCCAGACCCAGCUACACAGAGUUCCCACUCGCCACGCUCUGUGUCAGUGUCUGAGAACUACUCCAUCCUCGAUUCACUGGAUGCCGAUAAAGUACGUGAAUUGGAAGGACUUGACCUAACGACUCCUUCCUCACCACUUGGCUCCACCUCUUCCUUGUCGGCACCCGAAUGGGCCAGUGACGGAUAUGGCAGCAAUGUGAGUUCAGAACUGGGUGCUAGGCUGAGACUGGAGUUGGAGCAGACUGAGAGACUGGAUGCUCAGUUUAUUGAGUACCUCCGCUGUAGAGGAGUUGACCCCACCGCUAACACGGACAGUGCUGCGGGCAGUAUGAGCUACAGUGAUGAUCUGUUGUCACCUGAGCUUCAGGGACUGUUGAAGAAAGUUUAUCAAGAAAGCUGCAGAAUUCUGACCUUGUCUCAGCGUCGUGUCAAUCCAUCAGCACAGUCUCAUGUGUUGGACUUAAAAGCCUGCUCACUGAGUCUGUCGCAGCAUCAUGCUGAAGAUGGCUCUGCUCUACUGCACCACCAAGAUAAAUCAUCUAAUCCUCCCAUGAGCUGGCAGCAGGAGAAGAGGGCAUUGCAGGAGACUGUGAUUGCACUCAGAGAGCUGCUCUGUCGAAUGGCACAAAGACACUCACAAACUGAUGACAGAGUUGACAGUAACUGGCACAGAGAUCAACUGCAGACUGAACAACGGGAUGAAUCCCAACUGAGGGCAGAGCUGGAGGAGAGCCAGAAACAACUCAAAUGUGCACAUGACGCUCAGCAAGAGCAGAAGAACAAAACGAUGUCGCUCAGGCUGACGAUAGAAGAGGCUGAGGAAGCUUUGAGGAGAGAGCAGGCCAGAGUGUGUGAGCUUCAACAAGAACUGGAGCAGGAGAGGGCUCUAAGUCUGCGUAUAGGAAGGGAGGAGGAGGAAAGGAGAGAGAAUGUACAGGUGUCUUCUGAGAAGCUGAGGUCAGAGGUCAUGUCUCUAAAGGGGCAGGUGGAGCAGGAAAGGGUGGCCUGUAGCAACCUGAGACAAGAACUUCAGAUUGAACAGUCCCGCUGUUUGCUGCUAGAGAAACGCCUGGACGACACUCAGAAGGAGCUAGAAGAUGAACGCAAACGUUCUUCACACCAACAAGAGCUCAGCUUGCAAGAAAAGACUCGUCAGGAGCUCCUGCUGACUGAAGCAGAAACUCGCUUGACUGAAAUUCACUCGAAGCUUGCAGAUUCUCACAGGAAGCUUGAUGAAGAGCAAGACCGCUGCUCCAGGCAGGUGGAUGAGCUCAGCCGUAGACAUGAUGCCGACGCUGCAAGAGACAGGAAGUUCAUCUCGGACUUGCGCUCCCAGCUAGAGCAAGAGCGAAGGCAAGGGGAGGAGUUGGCAGCUGUGGCGGACAGACUGAGGGCAGAGCUACUACAGAGCAGGAGGCGAUGGGAAGAAGAGGACAGAACGAGGAGGGAGGAGCUUCAGAAGGAGCAGGAAGCAGCCACCCGAAAUCGUAUCACAAUUGAGACUGUGAAGGAGCAGAAACAGGAAGCAAACCGGGCUUUAGAGGUGGAGCGAGAGCAGUCCAGGCGCCAAGGGGUGGAACUCGCAGAGCUGAAGGAGAGACUCCGAGUGCUGAAGGACAAAGAGAGGGAGAGGGAGGAGCAGUGGGAAAGGGAAAAGAGGAAGGAGAUGCAAGAGCAGAUGGAAAGAGAGAGGCGACAGGAGAGGAUCAACAGCAAACUGUGUGAGUUGGAGUUGUUGAGGCAGCAGGACCAGCAGCGUAUGCAGGAGCUGCAGCGCACUCUGGCAGAGCUGGAAAGAGACGAGAGAGAGAUGGCUGCUCAGCGCCUGUCUGGACGAACAGCGGGACAACAACGCGAAGCUGAACCUUUCCAGCACCCCCACACCAACCUCCAUACUGAUGGUGGCCAGGCAGGAGUGUUAAAGCAGCACCAGCAGACGCCGUCCAAGUCGUCUUCCAACCUGUUGGAGACGUUACUGAAGGAGAACUCUGAGUUGACAGAGCGUGUGACAUCACUGAGCCAGGAGAGGGCCACUCUCAAGCACAAACUCACCUGCCUGGAGCGACAGCUGCGCCGCACAGAGAAUGAGCUCGCCAAGGUCACCGCGGAAACCGAAAAUAGGCCUGUCUACGACAUAUCCAGCCAGAGCAAGCUUCAGCGUUACUAUGAGCGCUACCUGCGAGCUGAGAGCUUCAGGAAAGCUCUGGUGUACCAGAAGCGUUACUUGCUGCUGCUGAUAGGAGGAUUCCAGGAGUGUGAACAAGCCACGCUGUGUCUUAUCGCUCACAUGGGAGCUCGACCCUCACCCCCAAUUUCUUCCAAGCGUAGACCCCUCGGACGAUUUAGGGCUGCAGUGCAAGUCAUAAUUGCGGUCUCAAGAAUGAGGUUCCUGACGAGGAAAUGGCAGAAAGCAAUCCGAAGAUUAUCAACUGGGGUUGUCAAUGGGCAUGCUCCAGGGCCUAAAGCUGAAGUUUUAAGGCAGCAGCAGCCAAGAUCAAAUUCUGACCCGACGCAGAUCCGAGACAGCAGCGCCAUCUACAUAGACACUCUGUCAGCGCUCGUCCCACCCAGCAAAUCGCCCUUCAGGCUGCGCCACAGGUCACACUCCAGUACCCCUUUGGCCUCUGUACAAUCAGGUGGAACAGCUCAGGAUCCAGAACAAUCCCUGACAGAAUAUAUCCGUCAUCUAGAGAAAGUCCAGCAGCGGUUGGUGGGAGCCAAGCAAGGUUCAUCUGGUCUCCUGCCUGAUCCAAAGUAGCCUGAAAUCUAAAGACUGAAUCUGCCUGCAUAUUGUUUCAAAACUGCUCAUGCCUUACAUCUUGUAGAAAUGUAUAGAAAUUAUAAGUUUCCUGACUUUUAUACUAAAUUAUUUUUUAAUUAUUUUUUGGGGGUAAUUUUUCUAUCCUGUGUACUGCCAAUAUUUUGAAAGUCACUCUUUAUACACUGUUUCUCAAACACUGUUUGCUUUUUUUUGUGCUCUGUAAAUGGUGUUAAUGUUCUCCACACAUGUUACUAAAUGCACUAGUUUUAUACUCGAAGUCUAAGAUCUACAAAACUUGUGCACCAUUACAAAAAUGUAAACCACGUCCAUGUUGUUUUUAUCAUAAAGUAAAUAAAUUAAGUGUGACUAUGAA